GAACUUUCAGCAAUCUCGUGUUAUGUUUGUUCUUUUGAAUCCCUCAAAUCUCAAAAAAACGCCAAAAAGGACACUGAAGAACAGUAAAUUGACCGGUGAGUCCACAGAUUCCGAUGAAGAAGACACAAAUGGGUCUCUCAAAACCGUCACUGGUUGAAAAUUUAUCAAAGAAAUGCAACGAACAAUUCAAUCACUGGGCUUUUCUGGAUCAAAUUGAGGCUCCUAUGUGGAUGGACCUCACCUUGGAAUGUAAGUCUGCCUAUAACGACAUGGACGAUGAAUGGUUCCACAUAAGCCAUCCAUUUCACCAGAUUUCUUCUCGACAAUUGAAGUCUGUAUUUUCUCGCUCUGGAGAGAGUUCCAUAAACCUGGAGCAUGGCAUGCAGGGAUCAUCUUCUCCUAAGCUUCCGCCUUCAGUUUCAAGAUCAAGAGGGAAAGAUUCCCGAAGCAGACAGUGGAGUCAAGGAGAUCAGACGCUUACCUUGGAUAAGAAACAUCCAGUUAAGCACUUACAUAUAGGGGGUUUAGAAGCUGGUAAAGUAAUUCAGCAUAAGACAAAUCAUAAAAGAUUAACAAGCUCUGCAGCUUCAGACUCGAAUUCUUUGGCUGUGUAUAGAGACAAAACCCGUUCAAUAAGCAGCGGCAUUACAUCAGAGAAUGGUGAACAGAGUUACAAGCAAGAGUUGUGUGUUAGCGAUUCUUCAAGCACCAUUACAUCUGAAGCUUGUGGUCCAGUACUUGGUCAAACCACGGGGCUCUUGUCAGUUCUAAAAGUAAGUCUGAGGAAAAGUUGUGUUACAAGACAAGCAUCAAGGAUGGAGGUAAAUGUUUGUGGGCAAACAGAAGGUCGGAAAACUUCCUCAAGUAAAUCAAGUGUAGGAUCUUCUUCAGUAGGCGAAACUGAGAGAGAGAAUAAAGAGAAAACCCCAGAUAGUAGAAAUGCAACUCCAAUUGUACAAGCGAAACAAGCAAAUAUGUCCAACGUUCCUGUUCAAGCUCGUAAUAGAACUUCUAUCCCUAAAAUGGUUACUGGAAGAUCUGUUUCUUCGUCUGUUCCCGGUGAAAGUAAUAAAGCAAAGGUUCAUCUGCAUAAUGUACAGAGAAAAGCUUUGGUUCCUCAAAGAGCCAAUGAACGUGUAUCCUCAAAUUUGGUCUCAAAGCCUAGUGAAAGAAUUGGAAGUAGCCAGUGUAGAAGGGUUGUGAGCAGCGGUAAGGAGAAUGCUGUUGUGAGAAUGAGUAUGAGCCAGAAGUCAAUUGUCAAAGGCAACCAGGGGUGUAGUACAAAAAUCUCAAGUUACAAAAAUGAGAAUAAAAGAAGCUGCCAGAGCACAAAGCCGAGUGGUUUAAUGGUGAACCUAGAUAACAGAAGGGGAGUCACGAAUCGUGCAAAUGUAACAAAGAAGGCUUUCUACUGAUAAAAGAGUGAACCCCUAUGUAAAUAGUACAUGCUCUACCUCUUCCGUUCUCUGCUAACUGCAAUGAAAUUGGGUAAAUGACAUGUAGAUGGUCUAAAACUGUCAAAUUGAUUUUUUGUGAGGUUCAUCUUAUUGCUAUGCUGCAAUAUUUCAAGUACUUACGGAACACAUUUUACUGUCUGGUACAUAGCAAUACUGAAAGAGGCAUAAAAUUGUUGUUGCAUCUUAUUUGUUCUUUGCGGGAGUUGAUCAGAAGUGGCGAGAUGUCUUCUUUUCUAAUCAAUGUGGUUUAGGUGUUCAAUAUUACUUUAAAGUAGAGAGAAGAAAAGCUUUUAGAAUUGAAGGAGAUUGAAUAAUGAACUCUAGCUUCAAUUGAAACUUCUCCCUUUGGUUCUUCCUGUACUUGUAUUGGUACAUUUCUUGUGAGAUAUAAAAAUGAACUGCUAUUUUCUUCUAUGGAAA